AUGGACUUCCAGGGGAAGAAGGUGGUGUUUCCGCAUCACCAGCUCUUCCGGGGCUCUCCAAAAGCUCGGCGCCACCGGCUGAGCUACCAGCGUGCCGUGGCGCGGCUCCACGCCGUGCUGAAGGGGAAGAGCGGGACGGGCCCCAAGAAGACAGCUUCCACGCUCUUUGUCCUCGCUGUGGCCGUCCAGACCAAGGCCAAGCUUCAAGCCGUGCGAGACGAAAGCGUGCGCUACGGCCUCAAGCUGGCGGAUGCGGACAUGGUGGCCUUCCACAAGUGGUUGACCGACUUUGGGAGACGUCGAUUCGGCGUCACCGGCACCAGCGCCAGGGGCUACGACGAGCCGAGCGCCGGAGCCGCAGGGCCUUGCGUGCCUUCGACCCGGGUGCGCUUCAUCCGGGACAACCCGAAGGUCGCGGGCUCCGCGGCGCGGAAGCGGUUCCAGCGCUACAAAAACGCCAAGACCAUCGCGGAGUUCCACGCCUUGGGAGGCUUGCGAGGCGACUUGCAGUACGACAUCAAGCAGGGCUAUGUCACUCUCGGUUGACGCAAGGAAAAGGGUGCGCCUAACUCACGGUGCACAGUUGCCAACUCUCACUUUCUGUAGCCUGGAUUGAGAACAC